GGGACCAUCCACGUCCGCAAGGUGCAUGAAUGAGCCUGAAACCUGCUCUCCGCCGGCUCGUUGGGACGCUCCCUAACCAACUCGGGCCUGCCCGCUAUCCGCUUGUCCCCGCUGCUGCCGCUGCUCUCCGGACCAGAUCCGCUUUCCUUCUUCCUCACACAUCGCGCUUCCAUUCCUCGGCAAUGUCUGGCGACGAAAGUGACGAAAAGCGACGAAUCCGCAUCUACACCCGCACCGGCGACAAGGGCACCUCUGCGCUCUAUACGGGCGAGCGCCGUCCCAAGGACGACCAGAUCUUUGAGGCCCUUGGCACGACCGAUGAGCUGACAAGCCAUCUGGGCUUGGCCCAUCAUUUUUGCGUCAAGACCGACAACGGGCUUGCAGACAAGCUUGUCAAGAUCCAGUGCCUGUUGCAAGAUAUUGGUUCCAACAUCGCGACCCCGAGGUCGAAGGCAUCCGAGUUCAAGCUGUCCAAGACGUCGUUUGACGUCAACGGCGAAUUGGUCAAGGAGCUCGAGUCCUGGAUCGAUCAGCUCGAUAACUCGCUGGAGCCUCUGACCCAGUUUAUUCUGCCGUCUGGAGGCGAAGCCGCCUGCCAUCUCCAAAUCGCUCGCAGUGUGUGCCGCCGAGCCGAGCGCCGAGUCGUCCCGCUGGUCGAGCAAGGCAUCGCCGAUGCCAGCUGCGCAAAGUAUCUCAACCGCCUCUCUGACUUUUUGUUCACCGCCGGCCGCUUUGCUGCCAAGCACGACGGCGCCACCGAGACCAUCUACAAGAGCAUGACGAGCUUCCAGGCGGCCAAGUAAUAACCCAAACUUGGGUCCUCGUGUGUUUGGAUCUGGAACGGGUUGCAUGGCUCCCGCAAUUCCAGUUCACCUCGACAAAUUGACCGAAAUACAUCCAUGAUAGGCCGUCA